UCGGGCAUUUGUGUGCGCAUGCCCGGGUCUGAAAAGUGCGUUUUAGAAUGAUUACCGGCGGAGGCAAGCGGAGAGACAGAUUAUACGGCGCCACACAACUGUUGUUUUAAUCCCCUGAGCGAGGAGAUUUAGACAGGAGAAAACACUGGCUCCGAAUCCAGCAGCCAUAUUGUAUGGGAAAACGAAGAGAGGACUCCGAUUCUCAGAAAAAAAGUACUCUGGUCCAACCACCCUAACAAGACUUUUGAGGGGUUUACAUUUCGCCUUCAAGGCCACUGGCGGUGGGUUUCAUGUCGGACAGCUAGCUUCGUCAGCUGUCUGAGUCGAAGUGAGACCAAGGCGAGCUUUCUCAAACUAUUUAGGUCCAAUUACUUUCUUUCGAGGCGUUUAUUGAACACUCUGAAAUAUGAAGGACCGAUUGGAACAACUGAAAGCGACAUGCAAUCAGGAUGACGAUGAAGUGGAGAUUGCAAUGGACAAUGCGGCCUUUAUGGAUGACUUCUUCACCCAGAUUGAGGACAUCAGGAACAGCAUCGACAAAAUUGACGAGAAUGUGGCUGAGGUGAAAAAGCUGUUCUCUGUUAUUCUCUCUGCUCCAACAUCAGAUCAAAAAACACAAGAUGACUUGGAGGCUAUCACCAACGACAUCAAGAAAAUGGCAAACAACGCUCGAAACAAACUCAAGACCAUUGAGAGGAAUCUGGAGUCAGAAGAACAGGAGAGGGUGUCAGCAGACGUGCGGAUACGUAAAUCACAGCAUGCAGUGUUGUCUAGGAAGUUUGUGGAGGUUAUGACUAAGUAUAAUGAAGCUCAGGUGGACUUCAGGGAGAGGAGUAAAGGACGUAUUCAGAGACAGUUGGAGAUCACCGGGAAGGCGACAACGGAUGAAGAACUUGAGGAGAUGUUGGAGAGCGGCAAUGCUGCGGUGUUUACUGCAGGGAUUGUUGACUCUGGGAUUUCCAAACAAGCUUUGAGUGAGAUAGAAGCCCGCCACAAAGACAUUGUUCGUCUGGAAAGUAGCAUCAAGGAGCUGCACGACAUGUUUGUAGACAUCGCCAUGCUGGUGGAGAGCCAGGGGGGGAUGAUUGACAGGAUUGAGAGCAACAUGGACCAAUCGGUGGGUUUUGUGGAGCGAGCAGUUGCGGACACUAAGAAAGCUGCAAAAUUUCAGCAAGAGGCCCGGCGCGUGAGUUACCACCGUGAAAAUCAGUGGUUCUGUUUCCCAAAAGCAUGGAAAUAAUUUUUUGUCAAUUUCUUUUGUCCAACUGUGUCAUGGCGAUACCCGAACGUUUUCUGUAGUCGAGUGAUAAUGAUGAGGAAAUGAAAGUGGCCACGUGGUACAGCGUAACAAUAAGGCUUGAGUUGCCAAUGCGGUCAAGCAUUUAGGAAAGUACUCUGUGUUAUUUGAAUUGAGACAAAAUGAAUACUGUGAUGAUAAAACAUUCACCUCAGUGCAUCCCUGUGAGAUCGAAUGCAAGAGCUAUAUAAAAAAUCCUGCCUUAACAAUGAUUAUAAUGUUAGAUUUUAAUUGAUUCUGUGAGAGACUCAUUCAGUUUUUGUUGCGGUGUAUAAUUCCAUUACAAGCUGUUUCCAAUACUUUUAACUAUAGUUGUGAUGGGCGAAAGUAGUAGUGGUCAGGAUAAUCGAAACAAAAAGAUUGACUCACUCAACUCCGAGCCGCAUGUCCAGCAACACAUUGCACUGGUACAAUUUACUAGUAACAAUCAAAGUUUAAUGUGGUAAUGGAUCCUUAAUUAUAUGCAUUGCUUUGUAGUAUAAACUAAAUGCAGUCAUGACUGCUAUUCGCGAGGGAUAGAGAACUGGCUGGUCCGGCAAUAGUGAAGAUAUGCAUAAAAUUCAUGACCAUUGAAAUUCAUCAGGGGAAUUGUACUAAACAAAUAACCCGCACCAAAUUCCCACAGUCAAACGAACUGCGAGUACACGUCAGUCCAUUUUAUACCUGUUCAUAAGUGUCACCUACGAAAACAUCCACAACAAGAAAAGUGCAAAUAAGAUAAAUUCCUGUAAAGCAUGCUUUUGGGAAAUUGGUACCCAACCCCAGAGCCUCAGUAUAAUCAUGUCUCUUCCUUUGUGAUCCCGUGAUCCCGCAACCCCCCCAACAACCACAGCAAAACCAAACCACACUUAUCAACAACACAUACAUACACAAACAUACUGUUUUCUACACUUUUGGUUCUUCCACUCUUUGUUUGUUAGCUUGUGUGUUUCAAAAGUUUCUUUUGAACAGUCAAGGUAAGGCAGCAUUGGUGAGAAAAUGAGUUCAUUGCUUCAGUGAAAAUUUGUUAUUUGAAUGGUGACUUGGAUGACAAGUGAAAUGUAUUUGAUGUCUCUUGCAAGCUCUGAUGGGUCUGUGUAGUUCUGUAAGAAAGCAGAGUGACAAACUCUGUUAAUCUUAUGGAACUGACCCACUUCCUUCUGUUGACUCUAUUUUAUGAGCACACCAAUUAUUGUUGAUGCUUUGCGUUUGUGUCUAGUCAUUAAUGCUGUAUUUCCUCCAAUUACAACAAAAUAAAUUAUUUGGUAAAGUUUUCAUUCAACAUGCGUCGUAGGUAAAUUAAAUACGUGUGGGAGAAAAACUGGUGAAUAAGAUCAAAAUGGAGUGCAACAGUAAAAGUCCUUUUUUUCUUCUUUGAAAAUGAGUUGCUCUUUUCUGUUCUGUUUAGUAAGAUCAGAUAUUUAUCGGCGACUGAAUUCGAACUUCCCAGUAGUCGCUCCAAAAUACGUUUUUGUUUAAUUCUUCAAGUGGGCAACACACCCAUCGACUCUUAGGGAUACACACAUGGACAGUGACAGAAAAAUAAGUUGUGCUGGCUGACUGGAUAGUAGAAAGUUCUCUUGAAGGGUCCCAUCUGUACUUCC